AUGCUUCUUUCUGUAGACGGCCCUUCUUUUGGCAAGCUUCUUCCUGGAGACCAGAUCUUGGCCAUUAACGAGGAGACGGUGAGCGAGGCGCCGCGAGAGAGAGUCAUAGACCUUGUAAGUCACCUAAGUCUGCCUUCAUCAGUGCAGCCAAAAAGGCUCGACUUCCGCACCAACCCGCCCAAAGAUGUGAUUGCCUCGCUGCAGGACCGCCUUUCUCUGCGAUACAUUGAGCAUUUUGCUUUAGUGCUUGAGGCAGCUGGAAUGGAUCAUCACCAGAGGCUCCAACUGCUGCAGGAGAACCAGCCUCUGACACACGUUGUACACCGAACCUACUUCCAAGGGAUGAAGUGUCUUUUCCGUGUGUGUUUUUUCCCCAAAGACCCUUCAGAUCUGCUGAGGAGAGAUCCUGCUGCGUUUGAGUACCUCUAUAUUCAAGAUGAGAAACAGUCUGCAACAACCCUCCUAGUCGGUCCUCGCCACGGCAUCAGUCAUGUGAUUGACCUUAAAAACAACCUGACCACUGUUCUGGCUGAAUUCAGCAGAGUCUCCAAAGUCCAGCUCUACAGAGAGAGCCAAGGUGUGGCUCGGGUCGAGGUGUCAAUGCACGACUCCAAGCCCCUGGUUCUUCUCAUGGAAUGGCCAGAUGCUACUAACUUUGCGUGUCUGAUCUCCGGCUACUACAAACUGUUUGUUGAUCCAAAGCGAACUAUCUUCUUUCGUAACCCUGCUCAAUCUCAAUUAACUAAGACAGAUUACAGAAGCUCCUUCCAUGGCUACUCCCGCUCUGGAGCGAGCAGCUUGCCCAGUGGAGGGCGGCGAGGGGACGACAGGGAGAGCUCUCACAGGGAGUCGGGCUCACUACGGGCCUCUGCUCCGGCUGAGCCCCAGCACCUUGGACUGUGUCAUGUCCACCUCCGAGAAAGAGACCAGCAUUUCCAGGAGUUUCAAACUGCUACGGAUACAGAACUGGACAUAAACGAGAACUUUAUACCUCAAGACCCAACUGAUCGGCCUCGCACAAGUCUGAUCCAACCUUACAAAGCACGAAGGUAA